AUGGUUCAGAUGCCGACGGCAAAGGUGGCGCUCGAGAUGUGCUACGCCCUGCACGCCUUCUCCAAGCUUGCGAAGUUGUUGCCGUCAGUCGAAGCUGUUCCUGCCCUCUACGGCAAGGCGGACCGAGUUGCACUUCUGCCCGAUGUCGAAACGUAA